CUUGUGUUGAAAUGUGCAGAGAUGCAUACACAGCUAAAUUUAAAUGUAAACUGCCAUUCCUGUAGCGAACGUCAACGCCUCUAGUUCAUUGGCGAAAUAUUUCUGUGACUUUUACUAUAACCAACAUGGAAAGAAACAUUUUCCUACUGUCAGUCGGUGUUGUGUUGCUUUUAUUAAACAACCUGUCACUUGCCGGUGAAUAUUGUCAGGAUCAGCACAAGGAUUGCGACAACAGCGUCGGCGGAAUAAAACCAAGAAAUUCGCAACAACUUUCGGAUCUGAGCACCGAUUUCGAAGUUGGGUCGCAAAAUUUCUGGACUGACGACUCGCCAUCGCAGACCGGAGUUCGAUGGAAGAUUGAGGACAUUAAUUCGUCAUGGGAAUUGGACAAUCCGGCCCCUAAUCCUCCGGCCGGAAGAAAUUACAUGCGUGUCGAUCGCGGCGCCACUUUGUCGUUCGGCAUCGCAGUUUUGCGCAGUCCAACAUUUCAAAUUCCUCCUUCCAGCUACAAUGACAUUUCCAUAUCGUUUGACUUUUGGAUCAGAUCCAAAUGGCCCCAGUUCACUAAUCUCGAGCUGUAUCUAAAUGAAAACGGAAACGAGAGGCUGCUUGUAAGUUUAUGGAACUAUUCCGACAUCAACAAUCUAAAUUGGGUUACGUAUCCUGUCAGUUUCUCUCCACUCGACAGUGGAUCUGAAUUCUCUUUGGCAUUUUACGCGUAUUGCGGCACGGACGUCGUGGAUGCUGUCGCCAUCGACAACAUCCGCUGGACCGAUCCAUCGCAAACGACAAUCGAUAGCACCGUGACGGAAUCGACGACAACGCCGACAGUAGACUGUGGCGGUAACUUUACGGCAACGUUCAACAAUAUUAACUUAACGUCAUCAAGCUAUCCGUAUCUUUACGAAGGAAAUCAAAAUUGUUCUUUCGUCAUCGUUGCGCCAACUGCUCAGGGGAUUGUUCGGCUUAACUUUUAUGACAUUGAUAUACCUUAUCACGACAACCUCAAGGUUUACGACGGAGACACGCCGAAUUCCCCAUUGAUAUAUGAAUGGAACGGUGGUUCCUAUGCAACACAUAGUCAUAUUGUUAAAGCAGUGAUUUUCUGCGAAUCCGGGAAGUGCCUCAUGAAACAACUUUCAGACCAGUCCCCACAAUAUAAUUAUCGUGGUUGGCGUGCAUCUUAUACAGGUUGA